AUGUCACUCCCGCACGCUCACGGCAGCCCCGCCGGCCCAGAUACACCGGGGGUGCACGCGGACUCGGCCCCGGCACGCCCCGGCCGCUGCCCCACGCGGGACGUGCUGCCCAGGGGUGUGCCCCGCUGUGCCCCGCCGACCCCGGACCAGGCGAGCCCGGGCAUCUCCCCGAGACAGACAGCAGCGUCCACGGUCGCCCUUCGUGGUCGCGUGCUCAGCUGCCGCACCAGUAACCGGAAAAGCCUCAUCCUGACCAGCACCUCGCCCACGCUGCCCCGGCCCCACUCGCCGCUGCCUGGCCACUUAGGUAGCAGUCCCCUGGACAGUCCCAGAAACUUCUCCCCCAAUACUCCUGCCCACUUCUCAUUUGCCUCAUCCCGAAGGGCAGACGGUCGCCGCUGGUCACUGGCCUCCCUCCCCUCCUCCGGCUAUGGCACCAAUACGCCCAGCUCCACGGUCUCGUCCUCCUGCUCCUCCCAGGAGCGCCUGCACCAGCUCCCGUACCAGCCCACGGUGGACGAGCUGCACUUCCUGUCCAAACACUUCGGCAGCACGGAGAGCAUCACCGACGAGGAUGGCGGCCGUCGCUCCCCGGCUGUGCGGCCCCGAUCGCGGAGCCUCAGCCCGGGCCGAUCCCCGUCCUCCUACGACAACGAGAUCGUGAUGAUGAACCAUGUGUACAAGGAGCGCUUCCCCAAGGCCACCGCACAGAUGGAGGAGAAGCUGCGGGAUUUCACCCGCGCCUACGAACCUGACAGCGUGCUGCCGCUGGCCGACGGCGUGCUCAGCUUCAUCCACCACCAGAUCAUCGAGCUGGCCCGGGACUGCCUGACCAAGUCCCGAGACGGCCUCAUCACCACCGUCUACUUCUACGAACUGCAAGAGAACCUGGAGAAGCUGCUUCAGGACGCCUAUGAACGCUCGGAGAGCUUGGAGGUGGCUUUUGUCACACAGCUGGUGAAGAAAUUGCUCAUUAUCAUCUCCCGCCCGGCCAGGCUGUUGGAGUGCCUGGAAUUCAAUCCGGAGGAGUUCUACCACCUGCUGGAGGCGGCUGAGGGCCACGCCAAGGAGGGCCACCUGGUCAAGACCGACAUCCCCCGCUACAUCAUCCACCAGCUGGGCCUCACCCGAGACCCGUUUCCAGAUGUGGUGCACCUGGAGGAGCAAGACAGUGGCGGCUCCAACACGCCCGAGCAGGACGACCUCUCUGAGGGCCGGAGCAGCGCGUCCAAGGCCAAGAAACCCCCCGGCGAGAGCGACUUCGACACCAUCAAGCUGAUCAGCAACGGCGCCUACGGCGCCGUCUACCUGGUGCGGCACCGCGACACCCGCCAGCGCUUCGCCAUGAAGAAGAUCAACAAGCAGAACCUGAUCCUGCGCAACCAGAUCCAGCAGGCCUUCGUGGAGCGCGACAUCCUCACCUUCGCCGAGAACCCCUUCGUGGUGGGCAUGCUCUGCUCCUUCGAGACGCGCCGCCACCUCUGCAUGGUCAUGGAGUAUGUGGAAGGCGGUGACUGUGCCACACUUCUGAAGAACAUCGGCGCACUGCCGGUGGAAAUGGCCCGGAUGUACUUCGCAGAGACCGUGUUGGCGCUGGAGUACUUGCACAAUUAUGGCAUUGUCCAUCGCGAUCUCAAGCCUGACAAUCUCCUCAUUACCUCCAUGGGCCAUAUAAAGCUCACAGAUUUCGGCCUCUCCAAGAUGGGGCUCAUGAGUCUCACCACCAACUUGUACGAAGGCCACAUCGAGAAGGAUGCCCGCGAGUUCCUGGAUAAACAGGUCUGUGGGACCCCAGAGUACAUCGCACCCGAAGUCAUCCUGCGCCAGGGUUACGGCAAGCCGGUGGACUGGUGGGCCAUGGGGAUCAUCCUCUACGAGUUCCUGGUGGGCUGUGUGCCCUUCUUUGGGGACACCCCGGAAGAGCUCUUCGGACAGGUCAUCAGUGAUGACAUCCUGUGGCCGGAGGGAGAUGAGGCCCUGCCCACAGAUGCCCAGCUCCUGAUAUCCAGCCUCCUGCAGACCAACCCUCUGGUCCGGCUUGGGGCAGGUGGCGCCUUUGAGGUGAAGCAGCACAGCUUCUUCCGCGACCUGGACUGGACGGGGCUACUGAGGCAGAAGGCUGAGUUCAUCCCCCACCUAGAGUCAGAAGAUGACACCAGCUACUUUGACACCCGCUCGGACAGGUAUCACCACGUGAACUCCUACGACGAGGAUGACACGACGGAGGAGGAGCCCGUGGAGAUCCGCCAGUUCUCCUCCUGCUCCCCGCGCUUCAGCAAGGUGUACAGCAGCAUGGAGCAGCUGUCCCAGCACGAACCCAAGACCCCCGUGGCAGCAGCGGGGGUUAGCAAGAGGGAGCCAAGCGCCAAGGGCCCAGAGGAGAAGGUGCCGGGCAAGCGGGAGGGCCUGGGCGGCCUGACCCUGCGAGAGAAGACCUGGAGAGGGGGCUCCCCGGAGAUCAAACGCUUCUCGGCUUCGGAGGCCAGUUUCCUGGAGGGGGAGGCGAGUCCCCCACUGGGCGCGCGCCGGCGUUUCUCGGCGCUGCUGGAGCCCAGCCGCUUCAGCGCCCCCCAAGAGGACGAGGAUGAGGCCCGGCUGCGCAGGCCCCCCCGGCCUAGCUCUGAUCCCCCAGGCUCGCUGGAUGCCCGGACCUCCAAAGAGGCAGCUGCAGGGGAAGGCACCCCCAGCGCGGGGGACCCGGAGGCCCUGGAGCGCCCGCGCCCAGGUGACCUCUGCCCACCCUCGAAGGACGGGGACACAUCUGGCCCCAGGGCCACCAACGACCUAGUUCUACGCCGAGCGCGGCACCAACAGCUGUCCGGGGAUCCCGCCAUGGAGAAGCGGCCUUCCCGAACCGGGGGGAAAGUCAUCAAGUCCGCCUCAGCCACAGCCCUGUCCGUCAUGAUUCCGGCAGUGGACCCGCAUGGAAGCUCACCACUAGCUAGUCCCAUGUCCCCACGAUCUCUCUCCUCCAACCCGUCCUCACGGGACUCCUCACCCAGCCGGGACUACUCACCGGCUGUCAGUGGACUCCGCUCUCCCAUCACCAUCCAACGCUCAGGCAAGAAGUAUGGCUUCACGCUGCGCGCCAUCCGCGUCUAUAUGGGUGACUCCGAUGUCUACAGCGUCCACCACAUUGUUUGGCACGUGGAGGAAGGGGGCCCAGCCCAAGAGGCGGGGCUGUGUGCUGGGGACCUGAUCACCCACGUGAAUGGAGAGCCUGUGCAUGGUAUGGUGCACCCAGAGGUCGUAGAGCUGAUCCUUAAGAGCGGCAACAAGGUGGCAGUAACCACAACACCCUUCGAAAAUACCUCCAUCCGCAUUGGCCCAGCAAGGCGCAGCAGCUACAAGGCCAAAAUGGCCCGGAGGAACAAGCGGCCCUCGGCCAAGGAGGGCCAGGAGAGCAAGAAGCGCAGUUCGCUCUUCCGGAAGAUCACGAAGCAGUCGAACCUGCUGCACACCAGCCGUUCGCUGUCCUCGCUGAACCGCUCACUGUCGUCCAGUGACAGCCUCCCGGGCUCGCCCACCCACGGGCUGCCCGCGCGCUCGCCCACCCACAGCUACCGCUCCACGCCCGACUCCGCCUACCUAGCGCCGCCGCUGCCCGGCCACACGGUGGGCAGCUCGCACACCACGCAGAGCUUCCCGGCCAAGCUCCACUCGUCGCCCCCCGUCGUGCGCCCGCGCCCCAAGAGCGCCGAACCCCCGCGAUCGCCGCUCCUCAAGCGCGUGCAGUCGGCGGAGAAGCUGGGCGCCUCUCUGGGCGCCGACAAGAAGGGCGCGCUGCGCAAACACAGCCUGGAGGUGGGCCACCCGGAUUUCCGCAAGGACUUCCACGGCGAGCUGGCGCUGCACAGCCUCGCCGAGUCCGACGGCGAGACGCCGCCCAUCGAAGGGCCAGGGGCCGCUCGACAGGUCGCCGUCCGCCGCCUGGGUCGCCAGGAGUCGCCCCUGAGCCUGGGCACGGACCCGCUGCUGCCCGACAGCGCUCCCAGGCCGCCAGUGUCCAGCAAGGAAAAGGAAUCGCCGGGCGGCACCGACGCCUGCACCCCACCCCGGGUGACAACUCCUGGGGGCCGGACCCUGGAGCGGGACCCCAGCUGCACGCGACACCAGAGCGUGCAGACGGAGGAGGGCGCCGGCGGCGUGGCCAGGGCCGUGGCCAAGGCCGCGCUGAGCCCCGUGCAGGAGCACGAGACGGGCCGGCGCAGCAGCUCGGGCGAGGCCGGCACCCCCCCAGUGCCCAUCGUCGUAGAGCCCGCGCGACCAGGAGUCAAGGCCGAGGCGCCCCAGCCUCUGGGCACGAACUCCAAGGGAUUACAGGAACCUGCACCCCAGGGGCCUCUGGCACCCGAGGCCCCGAGGGGCCGGGAGCGCUGGGUGCUGGAGGUGGUGGAGGAGCGGACCACUCUGAGCGGGCCCCGCUCCAAGCCCGCUUCCCCCAAGCUCUCCCCAGACCCCCAGACCCCGACCCCAGCCCCGACCAAGAAUGCACCUGGUAGCACAGGCCCCGGAGCCCCCGCCGCUUCUCUCCUGGUCCCAGGCACUAAGCCGGAAGUAGGGCUCACCUCCUCCAGGAGCCCUGCGGAAGCUUUGACGCCGACAGCCCUGACCAAAAAAGGGGCGUCAAGCCCCGCACCCCCAGGCCCAUAG